AUGCAAGAUGUUGUUCAUGUAAUGAAUGUGUUUCAACGAGACAACCAUUUGAUGCAUAGAGUACUCGCAUCUAGCAAAACUCAAGGAAGAGGCCAGUAUAAUUCGUCUUCUAAAAUUAAUCCUUAUGACAAUAGCUCGGUAGUUAUACAAGAGAAACCUCAGAAGCAAUUCAAAGUUGAUGCGAAUGUAUAA